AUGAAGAAGCCGACCUUGUCCUGUACUAUUCUAGUAUUGCUUGCAUUUAUUGUGCUGACAUCGGCCCUUGGAUUUGAUCCGGUGUCAUUUCGUCUUAUCGACCCAAUCCUCUCUCCAUUAAAUGCUACAAAGAAGUUCGGUAUCACCGCUGGGAUUGAGACAUACAACCAAACCAUCGACUUCGUUCUAGAAAACAACAAUGAUCUCGUAUCACAAGACGUGCAAAUCCGAUAUCCCAUUGUCCACGGACACGCUAAUGAUGCAGGCGUUCAGCCGAACGCUCAAUUUCGGUUUACAAAAGGGUCAGUCUGGAUGCAGGACACUCUUCGGGGGAGUCGGGAGAAGGUCGGAUGGGCAAGGCUUGCCAUAAUCGAAGACGGAGAAAGCCUGCUCUUCGAUGGAGCAUUUACAAUGAUGGGCUCGCACUAUGCCAUUGAGCUCAACGCCCUCGAUGAUGGAUCUACUGAGAUGAUAGCGCACGAACAGGAAUCGGCAUUCUCAACUGGCAACGGAUCGUCACUCCCUUCGCUCUGUGCAACUGCACCCGAAACACACUUGGAUAAGCGACAGGUGUGGAAUGCUUGGGGUGACGAUGACCUCACGUCAAAUAUUGGCAGCACUUCUGGCUGUCCAAACACGAGGAGAAUUGCAUACAUUGGUAUAAUGACGGAUUGCACUUACACUGCAAGCUUCAACUCCUCCGACUCUGCCCAUCGAUACAUCCUGAAUAUGAUAAACACUGCAUCUGUGGUAUUCGAGAACAGUUUUAAUAUCUCUCUUGCCGUACAGAAUUUGACAAUCAGUGACGCUGAAUGCCCGAGCAGUGUCUCAGACACGACGGCAUGGAACGUUCCAUGCUCCCAGGGAGAUCUCAACACGCGCCUUCAGACCUUCUCAACGUGGCGAAGCUCUGUGAACGACGAGAAUGCAUACUGGACCUUGUUUACUGGAUGUUCAGUUUCUGCUGGGGAGAUUGGGGUAUCAUGGAUUGGAGCACUGUGCAACACGGGUUCUGGUUCUAGCAAUGGCGGAGCCAGUGCCAAUGUCGUUGCUCGAACACAAAAUGAGUGGCAAGUCUUUGCGUAA